AUCCUGGUUGGGGCAAGGCUUACACUAAGGGCUUUUAGGCAAGACAAGUUUUACUCAGAGGAGCAAGAACACCGCUGAGGGAGAGGAAUGGAGCGCCUGGCCUCCUUCAGUAAUGACCCUUUUGAUAAGCCUCCAUGCCGCGGUUGCUCUUCGUACCUCACGGAGCCCUACGUUAAGUGUGCUGAGUGUGGGCCUCCUCCCUUCCUCCUGUGUUUGCAGUGUUUCACACGAGGAUUUGAAUACAAGAAACAUCAAAGUGAUCACACUUAUGAGAUAAUGACUUCCGAUUUCCCUGUCUUGGAUCCUAACUGGACAGCUCAAGAGGAAAUGGCACUCCUAGAAGCAGUGAUGGACUGUGGAUUUGGAAACUGGCAGGACGUAGCCAACCAGAUGUGUACAAAAUCCAAGGAGGAGUGUGAGAAACAUUAUAUGAAACACUUUAUCAACAACCCCUUGUUUGCAUCUACAUUACUGAACCUGAAGCAGGCAGAGGAGGCACAGCACAACAAAACAGCCAUUCCUUUCCACCCUGCUGAUGAUCCCCCACGGCCUACUUUUGAUUCCUUGCUCUCCAGGGACAUGGCUGGGUAUAUGCCAGCCAGAGCUGACUUUGUUGAGGAGUUUGACAACUAUGCUGAAUGGGAUUUGAGAGAUAUUGAUUUUGUAGAAGAUGAUUCAGACAUUUUGCAUGCUCUGAAGAUUGCAGUUGUAGAUAUCUAUCACUCCAGGUUAAAGGAAAGACAAAGACGAAAAAAAAUUAUAAGAGAUCAUGGCCUUAUCAACCUCAGAAAAUUUCAAAUUUUGGAAAGGCGAUAUCCAAAGGAGGUUCAAGACCUUUAUGAAACAAUGCGACGAUUUGCACGAAUUCUUGGACCAGUAGAGCAUGAUAAGUUCAUUGAAAGCCAUGCGCUGGAGUUUGAGCUGCGAAGGGAAAUAAAGCGACUAGGAAUCACCAAUUUCUGUAGUGCCAGGACAUACGAUCACCUUAAGAAGACAAGAGAUGAGGAACGCCUAAAGCGCACUAUGCUCUCCGAAGUCCUGCAGUACAUCCAGGACAGCAGUGCCUGCCAGCAGUGGCUCAGCCGACAAGCUGAUAUUGAUUCCGGCCUGAGUCCCACGGUACCAGUCCCUUCAAAUUCAGGUAGACGGAGCGCCCCACCACUGAACCUGACGGGUCUCCCAGGGACAGAGAAACUUAAUGAGAAGGAGAAGGAGCUCUGUCAGAUGGUGAGGUUGGUCCCUGGAGCCUAUUUAGAAUAUAAAGCUGCUUUAGUGAACGAGUGUAACAAACAAGGAGGCCUGAGACUAGCGCAGGCUAGAGCACUCAUCAAGAUCGAUGUGAACAAAACCAGGAAAAUCUAUGACUUCCUUAUCAGAGAAGGGUACAUCACGAAAGCCUGAGGACAGACAUCAGCGCUCUGGCUAGAGCAGACGUGGAGAAGCUUUGAAGCCGCUUUGACAGCACUGAAAGAUUUUAAGUGUUGAAUGAAGGACAUUUCCUUUUGUUUAAAAUCUUUUAGGGCUUUUUUUUUUUUUUGUAAAAACAAGUAGGGAGCUUUGUUAAAUUGUAUGAAUACUGACAUUUCUUUGUCUGGUUUCCUUUUGACUCUGCUGUUCAACACUGCUGUUGUCAGAAUUACGCUGCCACGUAGCACUGGAAAGAAUCAUAUGUCAUAUAAGCUAAUCUUAAAUGUGAAUGGGCAUUC